AUGUUGUCGCUCUCGCGGGGCAUCGAGGGUGCCAAACGCGCCGAGGGAGGACUUAUGUACAGCGGCGAGUCUGUGCUGGUCAUUGUCUGUGCUACUCUAGCGCUGUGCAAUGCUGUUGAGCUCCUUGCCCUCAUCUUCAUGACCUUCAAGCGUCGCGAGGGUCUCUAUUUCUGGAGUAUCCUACUGGCGUCGUUUGGAGUGCUCCCUUACUGCGUCGGCUGGUUAAUUGUCUACUUUGAUCUUACUCAUGACUAUGUGGGCAUGAUCAUCGACAGCAUUGGCUGGGUGCUGCUAGUUUCCGGCCAGUCUAUGGUCUUAUAUUCUCGGCUCCAUUUAGUCGUCACUGAUGCCAGAAUAUUGCGAGGCGUGCUCAUCAUAAUCAUCUCUAACGGCAUCGUUUGGCAUACAAGCAUAACAGUCGUAUUAUUCGGGUCGUCCUAUAGCCCACACGAGAGCAGACACGGAUUCAAUGCAGUCUUCAAUAUCCUGGAGAAGGUCCAGAUGACGUGUUUCUGUGUGCAGGAACUCACCAUUUCCGGCCUGUAUAUUUGGAAGACGAUUGAAUUUCUGAAGACGGCAUUCGGCAAUACGCGACGUAUCCUGUGGCAGUUGUUUGUUAUCAAUAUGAUCAUCUGUCUCAUGGAUUUUAACCUUCUUGCUAUCGAGUACAAGAACUUUUACGUCUGGCAGCAGGGCCUCAAAGUGGUCACGUACUCGAUCAAGCUGAAGCUCGAAUUUGCCGUGCUCGGUGAACUCGUCAACUUUAUUCGUUAUCACGGAGGAACCCAGUCAGGUUCUAACCGUGACUAUUGUAACACAGGUGCUUUUGUGGAACUCUCUGCUGUUCGCAAGGGUGACAACAAGGAUUCCAGCAACAAGAUAGAUCCUACGCAUCGGAAGGACAAUCAGACUAAUACGGUUAUUGUUGCUUCAAAACCGAUGCCAGAUGAUGCUACGAGUGAUGAAAUCCGUGUUAUUACCAGGGUCGAUGUGGAGAGCUUGUCCGCCUAUCCCCGGGAUAAUCACAGCACUGAUGAGUUAUAUGAUCACACGAUGGGAAAGUCAACAGAGUCUAGAUAG